CCUCACUGCGCUCCAUCGCAUCGCGCUCUUUCCUCGCCAGUAGUAGAUUGUGACGACCCUUGUGCGGUCGCAUAGUUGGAUUACCUUGUAUACAAAGCCUGCAUUGAUAUCAGAUUGCAUACUGUCCCUACCUGGCAGUCACAGAACGAUCUCUACUCUUCUGCAUCGAUCCUCAGCUGCGGUUCUGAGCACUGGUUCACCAUGUCUCCCGAUUACACUCUCUUUGUGGGGACCUUCAUCCAGCUCCCCCGCACCAAGACCGGCGCGGAGCACCAGCUGGCCAUCACCCGCGGUGCCCUCUGGGUUUCCACCACCGACGGCCAGAUCAAAGGUUUCGACUGGUCCAUCGCCAACGACAAGGACCUCAAGAACCUCCUCCAGGCCAAAGGCUGGACCGUCGUCGAUGACUCCAGCACCAAAAGCAAACCGGGCGUGAAAGUGACGCUCGUCGUCGCCCGCGAAGACCAGAACGAGUUCUUCUUCCCGGGCUUCAUCGACACCCACAUUCAUGCCCCCCAAUAUCCCAACAGCGGACUCUUCGGCUCCUCUGGUCUCCUCUCCUGGCUGCAAACCUACACCUUCCCCAUCGAAAAGUCCUUCGGCAGCACCAAACUGCCCUCCAUCCCCCCCCCGCAAGCCUACCGCGUCUACAACCAAGUCAUCGCCCGCACCCUCGCCAACGGCACCACCUGCGCCUCCUACUUCGCGACCAUCCACGUUCCCGCCACCAACCUGCUCGCCACCCUUUGUCACGCCCGCGGCCAACGCGCCCUCAUCGGCCGUGUCUGCAUGGACAACCCAGACCACUGCCCCGCGGACUACCGUGAUGCCUCCCCCUCCGACGCCCUCGCCGCCACCGAAGCCACCAUCGCCCACAUCCGCUCCCUCGAUCCCUCCGCUGCCCUCCUCCACCCCAUCAUCACCCCGCGCUUCGCCCCCUCCUGCACUCCCCCAGCCCUCACCCACCUCGCCCACCUCGCCGCCUCCACCUCUCCCCCGCUGCACAUCCAAACCCACCUCUCCGAAAACCUCGACGAAUGCGCCCUCGUCCACUCCCUCUUCCCCACCGCCAAAGACUACACCUCCGUCUACGACCACUUCGGUCUCCUCACCCCCCGCACCAUCCUCGCCCACGGCAUCCAUCUCUCCGACUCGGAACGACACCUCAUCGCGUCCCGCAACGCCAAACUCUCCCACUGCCCGGCCUCCAACUCCGCCCUCGGCUCCGGAAUCUGCCAAGUCCGAAAGGCCCUCGACGCCGGAAUCACCGUCGGUCUCGGAACCGACGUCAGCGGUGGCUACAGUCCGAGUGUUCUCGAGACCGUGCGACAAGCAUGUCUCGUCUCGCGCCUCUUACCCCAAUUCAAUCCCCCCGCAUCCAGCCCCACCCAGAGCGAAAGCCAAUCCACCCGCACCGAUCCCAUCCCCCGCGAAAUCCUCUCCGUCGAAGAAGCCCUCUACCUCGCGACGCGCGGCGGGGCCGACGUCGUCGACAUGGGUGAUCAGAUCGGAGGCUUCGAUCUGAAUAUGUCCUGGGACGCGCAGCUGAUUAAACUGGGGAAGUUCGCUCCGGCGGGACGGUGGGGGGCGCGUGGCGGGGUGGAAUCGACGGUCGAUGUCUUUGGGGAGGAGAGUUGGACGGAGAAGGUCCAUAAGUGGGUGUGGAAUGGGGAUGAUCGGAAUGUGAGAAUGGUGUGGGUGAAUGGUCGGUUGGUGCAUGAGGUUGUGCCGGCGGGGGAGGUCGGAAAGAAGGGGAAGGGGUGGAAGAGCUGGGUGUGGGGGGUGGUCGGGGUGGGGGUUGUUGUUUGGGUGGUUGGACGGCGGGUGAGAGGGAGGAAUUAG